CUUCGAGAUGCUUGAACACUUGAAAAGUCUGUUUGAUUCAGAAAGUCAGACUCUAGAGUAUGAACUUCUGACAGACAUUUUCAAGUGUAGGCUUCAAGAGGGUGGCAACGUGUCUGAGCAUGUCCUCAAAAUGAUUGGCUUAAUUGAAAGGGUUGCUACCACCGGAAUUAAGUUUGAGGAUCGUGUCUCAGCUGCUAUCAUCCUAUAUUCACUUCCAAGUUCAUUUACUAACUUCAUUGUGAAUUAUAAUUUGAACAAAACGAAAGCGACCAUGCCUGAACUCUAUAACAUGCUCAAGUCUUAUGAAGUCUCAACCUCUAAAGGAAAGACUGUUCUUAUGGUAAGCUCUAAUGCUAAGUCUCGUUCUAAGAACAAGAAUAAGCAAAAGAAGAAAGGUAAGGUUGGACCUACUCCUACAGCUCUGAAGCCUAAAGGUGGAGGUCAUAUGAAGCCAAAGGUUGCAAAGGAUGUUUGGCUCUACUGCAAAGAGAAGGGGGCAUUGGAAGAGAGAUUGUGAGCUGUAUAAGGCUAAUCUAGCCAAAGCACCGGGUGCUUCAAGCUCAGAAGCCUGAGAAGCAGUGUAGCAGUUGGACUAGGUAAAAUUGACCUACGCGUGAAGGCUGGAGCAAAAGUUGCUGCUGAACGUGAUAGGAUCUUAUAGUUUAGAUUUGCCCAGUGGUUUUAGAUUAGAAUUAAAUAAUUGUUAUUUUAUUCCUUCUAUUACCA